GCUCCAUCCCCAAUGAUCCCUUACAAGAGCUAUGAUGACUUUUCCCGCCUGUCUUCGGCCCACCUCCACCACCGUCACCGCCGGCCCCUCCGCAACUGCAGCUCCCAGCCCUUCUUUGUCUCCUGCACCUUCUUCACUCCCAUCUGUUUGCCUCUUUCACCGGAUGAGAGCAGGUUCUCAUUCAAGGGCAUGGAGAGGAGGUCAAAGCCAGAGAUGGAGUGUGCAAGCAAAGAGACGGAGAGCUUUAGUGGAAGUGAGAAAAGCUCAGAGAAGGACAGAACACUGAAAAUGGAGAGCUUGUUGAAGAAGGUGCUUGUGGAAAACCAGAAGCUGAAAAAUGCUGUCGUCUUCCUGAAGCAGCAGAACAAAGGAAAAGAUAACAACACAGAAGACUGUAGAAGGGCAAAAGAAAAACUUCUGACCGAAAUUGGGUCCCUGCUGACUGAAAUUGCCUUCCUGAAGGAAGUGCGAGAGCAACUUAGGUACAAGGACCCCGAAUCCAAGAAAGAGACCACUAAGGCCCUCACGGAGACCAUCCAGGCCAAACUGGAGGUGGCCCAGGCCAAGAUCGAAGCGGCGGAGGCCAAGAAGGAGACCCUGGAGGCCCAGAAGAAAGCUGAGGAAGCCAAAGAGUCGGCCGAAGCGGCUCAGGCCCGAGAGGACAACCUCUUGUCCUACGUCUCCAAGAUCGCCACCUUGGCUUACCAGCAAGCGGCAGAGGCGGAGUAUGACUGCGCUCAGGCCCGGAAGGCCAUGGCAGUGGCGGAGGCCAUCCAGGUGGCCGCCUUGUCGGACGGCAAGGCCCGCCGGGGCCACAAGCAUCACCGAAGCCACCGAAACCAUGGGGAGUGCCGGUGUCACCAGCAUCACCACCACCACCAUCACCACAGCCACCAGGAGUCACAGAGCCACUGCGAGACCCAAAGCGAUCUGGUCCACUCCGAACCUGAGACCCUGAGCAGCACCCGAUAAGGAGGGAAGGAAGGAAGGAUGGACCGACAGAAGGAUGGGUGGGAGGAGAGAGAGGAAGGAAGGAAGGAAGGAUGGGCG